AUGACCUGCAGGGACAAAGCAGGUCCUGUUUGUAGCCUGACGUUUGUGACUCUGCUGCUUGUCUUAAAUCCAGAAGUCCUACUCCUGGGAACUGGAGUACAGCUUCAAGACAAUGGGUAUGAUGGAUUACUUGUUGCAAUUAAUCCUCAAGUAACCGAGGAUCAGAAUCUGAUCUCAAACAUUAAGGAAAUGAUAACUGAAGCUUCAUUUUACCUAUUCAAUGCUACCAAGAGAAGAGUGUUUUUUAGAAAUAUAAAGAUUUUAAUACCUGCCACAUGGAAAGCUAAUAAUUACAGCAAAGUAAAACAAGAAUCAUAUGAAAAGGCAAAUGUCAUAGUGACUGACUGGUAUGGGACACAUGGAGAUGACCCAUACACUCUACAAUACAGAGGGUGUGGAAAAGAGGGAAAAUACAUCCAUUUCACACCUAACUUCCUACUGAAUGAUAACUUAACAGCUGGCUAUGGAUCACGAGGCAGAGUGUUUGUCCAUGAAUGGGCCCAUCUUCGCUGGGGUGUGUUUGAUGAAUAUAACAAUGACAAACCUUUGUACAUAAAUGGGCGAAAUGAAAUUAAAGUAACAAGGUGUUCAUCUGACAUUGCAGGUGUUUUUGUGUGUGAAAAGGGCCUUUGCCCCCAAGAAAACUGUUUUAUUAGUAAGCUUUUCAAAGAAGGAUGCACGUUUAUCUACAAUAGUACUCAAAAGGCAACUGCAUCGAUAAUGUUCAUGCAAAGUUUAUCUUCUGUAGUUGAAUUCUGUAAUGCAAGUACCCACAACCAAGAAGCUCCAAACCUACAGAACCAAAUGUGCAGCCUCAGAAGUGUGUGGGAUGUAAUCACAGACUCUGCUGACUUUAACCACAGCUUUCCCAUGAACGGGACUGAGCUUCCCCCUCUUCCCACAUUCUUCCUUGUACAAGCUGGUGACAAAGUGGUCUGUUUAGUGCUGGAUGUGUCCAGCAAGAUGGUAGAGGCUGACAGACUCCUUCGACUGCAACAAGCAGCAGAAUUUUACUUGAUGCAGAUUGUUGAAAUUCAUACCUUUGUGGGCAUUGCCAGUUUUAAUAGCAAAGGAGAGAUCAGAGCCCAGCUACACCAAAUUAACAGUGAUGAUGACCGAAAGCUGCUGGUUUCAUAUCUGCCUGCCACUGUGUCCACCGAAGCAGAAACCAGCAUCUGCUCAGGGCUUAAGAAAGGAUUUGAGGUGGUUGAAAAACUAAAUGGAAAAGCUUACUUAACAUCCCAAUCAUGUAUUUCAGGAGGUUUAAAGUUCUUUGUUCCAGAUAAUCCAAACUCCAAUAGUUUGAUUGAUGCUUUCAGUAGAAUUUCCUCUGGAACUGGAGAUGUUUUUCAACAACGUAUUCAGCUUGAAAGUAUGGGUGAAAAUGUUAAGUCUCACCAUCAAUUAAAAAACGCUGUGACUGUGGACAACAGUGUGGGCAAUGACACUGUCUUUCUAGUCACAUGGCAGACCAGUGAUCCUCCUGAGAUUGUAUUAUUUGAUCCUAAUGGAAGAAAAUACUACACAAGUGAUUUUAUCACCAAUCUAGCUUUUCGGACAGCUAGGCUUUGGAUUCCAGGAACUGCUAAGCCUGGGCACUGGACUUACAUGCUGAACAAUACCCACCAUUCUCUGCAAGCCCUGAAAGUGACAGUGACUUCUCGUGCCUCCAGCUCAGCUGUGUCCCCAGCCACUGUGGAGGCCUUUGUGGAAAGAGACAGCACCCAUUUUCCUAAUCCCGUAAUGAUUUAUGCAAAUGUGAGAAAGGGGUUUUAUCCCAUUCUUAAUGCCACUGUGACUGCUACAAUUGAGCCAGAGACUGGAGAUCCUGUUAAGCUGAAACUUUUUGAUGAUGGAGCAGGUGCUGAUGUUAUAAAAAAUGAUGGAAUUUAUUCGAGGUAUUUUUUCUCCUUUGCUGUAAAUGGUAGCUAUAGCUUGAAAGUGCAUGUCAGUCACUCUCCCAGCAUAAGCACCCUAGCCCACUCUAUUCCAGGGAGUCAUGCUAUGUAUGUACCAGGUUACAUAGCAAACGGUAAUAUUCAGAUGAAUGCCCCAAGGAAAUUACUGGGCAGAAGUGAGGAGGAACAGAAGUGGGGCUUUAGCCGAAUAAGCUCGGGGGGCUCCUUUUCAGUGUUGGGAGUUCCAACUGGUCCGCAUCCUGAUGUGUUUCCACCAUGCAAAAUUAUUGACCUGGAAGCCGUAAAAGUGGAAGAGGAGGUGACUCUAUCUUGGACAGCACCUGGAGAAGACUUUGAUCAGGGCCGGGCUACAAGCUAUGAAAUAAGAAUGAGUAAAAGUCUACAGAAUAUCCAGGAUGACUUUAACAAUGCCAUUUUAGUGAAUACGUCAAAGCUAAAUCCUCAGCAAACUGGCACCAGGGAGAUAUUUACAUUCUCACCCAAACUUUUCACAAAUGGACCUGAACAUCAACCUGCUGGAGAGAUACAAGAAAGCCACAGAAUUUAUGUGGCGAUACGAGCAAUGGAUAGGAACUCCUUAAAGUCUGCUGUAUCUAACAUUGCCCAGGCAUCUCUGUUUAUUCACCCAAAUUCUGCUCCCAUCCUUGCCAGAAAUCACCUUAUAUUGAAAGGAGUUUUAACGGCAAUGGGUUUGAUAGGAAUCAUUUGUCUUAUUAUAGUUGCAACGCAUUGUACUUUAAACAAGAAAAAGAGAGUAGACAAGAAAGAAUGGAACAAAAUUAGUAUGAACAAAUGUAGAGUACCUUCCCUCUUAGAUAUGUGA